AUGGGCAUUGGCGUUGACAUAGUUUCUCUAACUUUAAAGCCUUUAAAAGCCAUGAAAGGCCAGAUCAAGACGGAUUUUAUAGUGGAUCAUGUCAUGGUCGAAUCACCCUUGAAUAUGGUCGACACCACACCAUGGCGUCUAUAUUUUGAUGGAUCGAGUCACAAAGACGGAACAGGAGUCGGGGUAUUGAUAGUAUCCCCUCAGGUGGGUCCGACGAAGUUUAAGUACAAGAUCAGGGAAAAGUCUUCUAACAACAAACUCGAAUACGAGGCCUUAAUAGUCGGUCUUCAGCUUUUGAAAGGAAUGGGGGCCAGUCGAAUCAAAGUAAGGGAAGACUCAGAGUUGAUAAUAAAGCAAGUCACACGCGAAUAUAAGUGCAUCAAAGGGAGUCUGCUGAAAUAUUUUGUGACUGCAACACGAUUACUAGAACAUUUCGAAGUUGCAGACAUAAGACAUGUGCCCAGAGGCGAGAACCAAGAGGCCAACGAGCUGGCCCAAGUCGCUUCGGGGUAUAAGAUGUCUAAGUCGAAGUUACAAGAUAUGAUCGAGGUUCGAGGAAAAAUGGUGUCAAGUACGCCCCCAACAGAAGACGUCCUCGACGAGAACGUCAGUCUUGGCGGGGAGCCCGAUGAAGAGUGUCAAGAAACCCGUGAAGUCAAAUAG